GGUCGUGGGCGGAACCUCUGCGCAGAUGUGUGAGAAGAAGACAGCGCAGGUUUUAAUGAGAGCAGGAAUAGCGCUUGGGAGAGUCACGCACUGUAGGAGCUCUAAAAACGAAAGAUGUCUUUCGUCGACGACAAAUUGUACAAUGGAUACUUGCGGCGGAACAUGCCCACCAUUGUCAGCAAGGUGAAAGUGAGAGAAAUAAUGGUCCAUCUGCCCUGCCUGACUUCUCACGACAGGGAAACUAUAGAAGCAAAAAGAGAGACUAGUGGGAAUUUUCAAGGCAUGGUGCUUCUCCUGGAUUGUCUAAAGAGAAGAGAAAACUGGCCGGAGCAGUUCAUCGAGGCGCUCGAAGCAUGUGAGCAUACGACUAUCGCAGCUGACAUCAGAAGAGAAUACAACGCUCUGAGAGGCAACAAUUCCAACCCCAGCUCUCCUCCAACGAAUGUCGUGAGGGCACACGUCCAUCCUCCGCCAUCUGACAGCCGUUUGCCAGUUCCAGAGACUGAUGCUGCUCCUGCUGCUUCUGCUGUUGUUGAAGCUCCUCCAUCUCCUCCAGAGCCAGCCGUUCAGACUCCACCUCCUCUGGAAACCCCACAGCAGCUGCAAGUCGCCCAAACCCCAGCACCAGCAGCAGCAAAGGUAGUUCCCCAAGCAGUUUCCCCACCUGAGCCUGUCGCUGAACCUCCACAGCCAACUCAAACUGAAGUGCAACCUCCACCGUCGACACCUCCUCCAUCGCCUGUCAUCCCCCACACUCAGGUGACCACACCUCCCCUGCAGCAAAGAGAUGUCAACUCCCACCAGGAGCCGGAGGAAAACUCCGAAUCGGACAUCCCCGAUCAGGUGAGCUCAGGAAACGGCGAGGUUGCAGUCGAUUCCACGAUCACCCCGAAUCGGGUUGUGCAGAAUGAAGCAGACACUCCGUCCCACCAGGACCAACUCCAAACAGCAGCAGCCACAGAGGAGACCCCACCAUGGAGUCCAUCUCCAGCUCAGAUAGACUCAGAUGGAUCCUCCUUCCUCACUUUGACCCCAGAGAAGCCUCCAGUCCAGGACACCACCCCUCCGGUCAACGUAAUUCCUGCUACUGUCCUGCAGCCUGAAGAGACUUCUGAACCUGCUGCUACACAGGUUGUUGAAAAGAGCCCACAGACUGAAACUGCAGCUCCAACCUCCCCUGAUCGUGUUGCUGCUGCUGGUGGAGUUGACAUCUCCCUUAAUGGUGACAACUCUGUGUGUCUCAGCAAACCUGGACAACUGGUCAGCGUCCAACCAGAACAUCACAGCAGUCCUACUGCCCCUGCAUCCGUCUCUCCCUACUCUGGUAACAGCGAUCGCCUGGAGGUAAGCGAAGCUACUCUGGAGCCUUACUCUGGUAACAACGAUCGCCUGGACAUAAGCGAAGCUGCUCUGGACGCUGUGAGCUCUCCUGCCUGCUCUGCCAUCCAGAAUCCAGUCGCAGAGUCGCCAUACCAGGAGAACGGCGUCGCCCUCAACCACAACGAACCCGAGGAGAACCACUACGAGUCUCCGAGCCUGGGGGUUCUGGAGCACGUGGUGCAAGUAUCCGAGGCGCCGUCCGUCCCGAACCUGGACGGCCAAACCUCGGCGCCGCAGAUUCAAAUCAACGGCGAAGCAGCCAAAGAAUUCACCUCUGCACCACCGCUGUCCACUAAUGCUGAUACCGUAUCGGGUCUAAACGCCGCCUCCUGUGAGCCGGCAGCAGCUGAUAACUCGCAUGAGAAGAAUUCAGACGACAAGGCGACUCUUCAGGCCAAUCUGAACCAGUCUGCCAACACAAAGUACAUUCUGACUGCUGUGGGAGUGGGAGCCUGUGCCCUGCUGGCAGUGUGGAAGUUCAAGAGUUAAGAGAAUUUAAUACCAACCAAGAAGACGCAGAAUCUUAAGGGUCUGAUGCCUUAUUGUAGUCACUGCUCUGGCAUGGCGAGAGGCAGCAGUUUAAUCAUUACCCAUCCUACUAAUAGCUGACUUGCAAGACCUUUGAUCAUGUCGUUAAUUACAGCUCUGUGGUUGAGUUUGUUUUAUCUUUUUACUGUUGAGAGCAAAAACCAAAUCUACUGUUAUUGUUGUAGUCGGGGGGGGAGACUUCACCGAACUUAGCUGGGAUCUCAGGUUAUUUAUGCACUCGCUGGAAAUGUGUGGUUUUUAAAGCACGCUGCGUCUCGUUAUUAAUGAUUGUUUGUUUGUUCUGUUGUCUGAUAAGCAAGAUAAAACUGUUGGCUGCCACCCAGUGAGGAUCAUAAACGUGGAUUUUAUUAGAUUUGGACUGGAGAAGAGAGAAAACGAGCAGCGCGGCACAGUCUGUAAAUGCCCCUUUCCUGUGGCUGUAAAUGAUCGCUAUUGCACUGUUUGUAUUUAUUUGUAAAUAUUUAAAUAUAGGUACUCACUAUGUAGAAAUCUAAUUAUGUAUUUUAAAUGAGCCGAAUGUAUCAGAAGCAUUCCAAAGCACUAGUGAUGCUUCAGAUAUUCAACAGAGUUAGUCAGCGAAAUCCUGAAUAGUUAUUUUACAUAAUUAGAAAACUCCCAGAUCUUUUUAAAAGAACAUUUGACUCCUUAAUGGUGAUUUUUCUUUUUACUGCAGCACCCUCUAGUUAAUUUCUGAGCAGGAAAGCGUCUCCCAUUACUCUGACACAUCGUAUCGUCCUUUUUUUCCCCUUUUGAAAUAGAAAAAGUGUGUGUGAGAUGACAUAUUUUAUUGUAAAUAGCUUUGUCAGUACAGGGAAAGGCUAAUCUAAAUGGUUUUGCACAUUUUAAGAGCAUAUUUGAGUGGCAAAGGUGGAGAUGAAAUGCAUUUUGAUGAUGGCUCACAUGUAAAUUGUAAUCUGAGCUCAGUUUUAACUGGACUUUUAUGCACUGUCUAUAGCUAUGCACUCCAGCAAUCACACCAAUAAACCUGAAAAUAUAUUUGAAA